CUUUAGCUUUGAUGGAAACGGGCACAGGGAGCCUGCCAGUCGUGUCGAGGGAACGAUGGCCAUCUGACGCCUUCCGGGGGCAAAAAGAAAAAAAAGCGGCUGGCAAACUUGUGACAUCAGGGGAAUAAAGCGAGGAUCCUAUCUGCAAGCUGACAUGCGGCCGGUCAGGAGCGGUGGCGGCGGCGGCGGCUUUCGGGUUCGAAGGGCCGCCGAGCUGCCCCAUAAGGAGUCCGAGGAGGAAGUAGUCCACCACCAGCACCCCCCCGCCGAAGACCACAGCCGCUCCGAGCAUCACGACUACAACCGCGUGAAGGACAAGUUCAUGAACGAGCUUGAGCGGCUACCUGUUCCCAUGUGGGCGGUGGGCGCCAUUGUGGUGGUGAUCUUGCUGUUGGUGGCGUGCUUCGUCUUUUGCCUUUUCAAAAAAUGCCUGGGGAAGAAGAAGAAGCCAAUCAAAGUGAGAGAGAGGAAGACGGGGCGGCGCAGGAAGGCCAAGCAGGGCGAAGGCGAGACGGGGGACAAGGAAGGGGAGGUGAAGAAGGAAGGCGAGGAAGCAGAGAAAGAGCAGGAGAAGCUGGGCAAACUGGAGUUCUCUCUGGACUACAACUUCACAGAUUCCCAGCUCAUCGUGGGAAUCCUCCAGGCUCAGGAUCUGGCUGCGAUGGACAUGGGGGGCACCUCGGACCCUUACGUCAAAGUCUUCCUGCUGCCUGACAAAAAGAAGAAGUACGAAACCAAGGUUCAGCGCAAGAAUUUGUGUCCGGUUUUCAACGAGACUUUCUUCUUCAAGAUCCCCUACGCGGAGUUGGGCGGAAAGACGUUGGUGCUGCAGGUCUUCGAUUUCGACCGGUUCUCCAAGCACGACAUGAUCGGCGAUAUCAAGAUCCCGAUGAACAGCGUGGAUUUGGGUCAACCCAUCCAGCAGUGGAGGGACUUGGAGAGCACCGAGAAGGAAGAGGAGAAACUGGGCGAUGUCUGCAUCUCUCUGAGAUACGUGCCCACUGCCGGGAAACUGACGGUGAACAUCAUGGAGGCAAAGAAUUUGAAGAAGAUGGAUGUCGGCGGCUUAUCGGAUCCCUACGUGAAGAUCGUCCUCCAGCAAAACGGAAAACGCAUCAAGAAGAAGAAGACGACGGUCAAGAAAAACACGCUCAAUCCUUACUUCAACGAGAGCUUCAGCUUCGAAGUCCCCUUUGAACAGAUACAGAAAGUGCAGGUGGUGAUCACGGUGUACGACUACGACAAACUGGGCAGCAACGACCCCAUCGGAAAGACCUUCAUGGGUUACGGAGCGACCGGCGUGGGCCUGCGCCACUGGUCCGACAUGCUGGCCAAUCCCAGACGUCCGGUAGCCCAGUGGCACACGCUGCUGCCCGAGGAGGAAGUUGAUGCGGCGGUCAAAGCCAAACCUCGCUGAAGACAAUGUGCUGGGUUGUGGCCCCCCCCACCUCCCCCCUCCUUUGGUGUGUGUCUCUUCCCGAUUAUUUUUGUUUUCACUGCAAAAAACAAAAGCGAAUCGGCAUCAAAUGCUUGGUUGAUAUGAUUUUAUUUUGAUGCAUUUGCUGGCUGUGCCGUUUUCCAUGCGUAAUGUUUCCUUUGGUACACUUUGAACAAGCGUAGAUGUCAAAUACAGAUAAAAAAAAAAAAUCAGACUUUCUUUUUUGUUUUACCCUUGUAUGUCACUCAAGUUAAAACAAAUGUCAUGUGCUGUGUAUAUGCUCUGUGUGCAACUCUUGAUAUGUCUUUUUGAAUGUCCAGCUACUUUGCAGCAAAUAUAAAACAAUCUUCCAACAGCAGAAAUACUUUGUGGACUACCAUUUCCGAUUUAAAGGUGAAAAC